UGCACGGGAACCCAUUUGCAACGCAGCGAUAAGAGAAAAAAAGAAAAGGAAAAUCCUCUCCGAUUCUAGAAUUCAAAAACAAAGAAAAAUCCAUCAGAAAUCUCUCCGUUGCAUUCGAUAGAUUCUGAGCCUUCUCCUCCGCCCGAUGAUGGAGUUGGACCCUCGUCAGUACGACCACGUUGCUAUCAGCGACAAUGAUGUCCGUAACAUUGUCUUAUCUUACCUUGUGCACAAUUGCUUCAAAGAGACUGCAGAGACAUUUAUUGCCUGUAGCGGGAUGAAGCAGCCAACUGAUUAUCCUGUGGACAUGGACAAAAGAAAACCAAUUUUCCAUUUUGCAUUGGAGGGGAAUGCUCUCAAGGCUAUAGAACUGACUGAAGAGCUAGCGCAUGACUUGCUGGUGAAAAACAAGGACCUGCAUUUUGAUCUCUUGAGCCUUCAUUUUGUUGAGCUCGUCUGCUCUAGAAAAUGCACAGAAGCUCUGGAGUUUGCUCAGACCAAGUUGACACCAUUUGGUAAUGUCGACAAAUAUGUCAAGAAGCUGGAAGAACUUAUGGCUCUGCUAGCAUAUGAGGAGCCAGAAAAGUCUCCAAUGUUUCAUCUGUUAAGCAUGGAGUAUAGGCAGAGUGUUGCAGAUAAUCUGAAUCGAGCAAUUCUUGCGCAUGCUAAUUUGCCUAGUCAUUCAUCGAUGGAAAGGCUGAUACAACAGACCACAGUGGUUAGACAAUGCUUACAUCAAGAGCUUGGCAAGGAUGGGCCUCCACCAUUUUCUUUGAAAGCUUUCCUCAACAGCUAAAUGAUGAUGGUGUUUGAACUUACUGCCAACAGGCAGUUCCAGGUUGUUCCAUUCUCCUGGUCUGCUUGGGCUAUCUACAUGGUUUGUGGUGUAAGCUUCUGUCAUGGGAGAAUAGUUCUCGAGGGCCUGCAAUGUGUAAAGGCUAGCUGGGUAGGCCAUGUAUGUGUUCAUUUCUUCUUGUCAUUUGGUCAGGUGUGCCUUGUCCUUCACUGGCCAAAUGAAUGUGUUUAGUAAUGUUGUUUAAGUUAGGUCGUCGUUGUUGUUGUUGAUGAUGACGAUGAUGAUGCUGACGCUGCUUGUAUUGUCAGGUUUCGGUCUGCCACAACCGAAACAUACGGUAUAUUAAGAGAGAAGUAGCAACUUCACUGUUUUAGAUGAAACAUACCAUAAUUUGAUUAAUUAUCCUUUAAUUAAACAAAAGAGGAACAUUUCAUAUUUUA